UUUUUUAAAGCCGGUAGAAGUAACCGCCAAAUAUUCAUUCAAAGGGAGUAAUUUUUAUUCACAAUGCUACUAAAUACAUUUUUACGUACGUGCACAAAAUACAUGUUUUGGGGAAUUCUGUGUUUGUGUCACUUCUUGUGCACAAUUUGUGUCAACGCACAGAGGUUCGUCAGUGUCAAUUUCUGUCCCCAAAACCAGACGGAGUGGACCAGAAGAGCAAGAGCCAAAAACUGCCAGAAUCCCAUACCCGAUUAUUUAUGUGCUACUGUACAGGAUAAUCCUGGGAAAUACGGGGAAAUAUGCACAGUGGUCGGCCUGGCUAACCCUGGAACCUGUGCUGUUCUUAGUAAAUCUACAUAUAAUAUGGACUUUGUUCCUUGUCGUGCGACGAGAGGAUGUCCAGGAAUACACUAUAAACCGUCUGAACUGUAUAAAUAUCCAGUAUGUUUUCAAAACUUUUAUGGAAUUACCACAGAGACAUCUACAUUGUCAAUAGAUGGAGACGGAACUACAACAGUAUCGACAAAUCAGACUGGCAUUGAUGGAAGUUCCUCUACUGGAAUUGCAGUUGUUUUGCUGUUGCCAAUGCUGAUUGUAGGCACAGCUGUGAUUAUAUUUUUUCUGUACCGUCGAAACAAAUUGCCAGGAGUAUUUCGUCGUCGAAGUGAAACAACUCGCUCGGAAGUUAUGGAAGAGAUCAUUCAGAUGAUUCCUGUAACAGAAGAGCCUGUGCGAAAGAUUUCAACAAUGUCCGAUGAAGAACGUACGAGAAUUCUUUCAAAAAUUCUUGAACUUCUUUACUAUCUUACUCAUAUUUUGAAAACUGAGCUUAACGUGCGGGACUUGAAAGAAACCAUUAUAAUUAACUCUGUAUCCUUAACUGAGCAUUUUGGCGAGCAUUUGUUGAAGGUUCUGGAAAAUGUGAAUGAUAAAAGGGACUAUGACAAUUUAGAAAAAGGAGUUGUUUUCACCUUGUUGAUAAAUUUCUGUAAUAGUAUAAAACCUCCCAGGACAGGAUGGGGUUAUAAACCUAGUGAUGGCGAUCUCUCUGUUGGAGCUGACAUAGAGAGGAUCCGUAUUUUGUGGAAUCUGUAUUGUGAUGGACAAGUUGAUGUUCCAAAUUUUCAGGAAGUUUAUAGACGAAUGAGUGAAAAAUUUGGGGAACUUUCCGACGAAAGAAAAUCAACUUAUCUUAAUCAGGCUGAAGAUAAUGCAUUGGAAUUGAAAAUAAAAAUCGUUAUUUUGAAGAGAAACUGUGACGUUAAAGAUGGAGUUGUUGUGACAAAGAACAUUAAAUCAACUCUGACGCUAUUAGACACCUCAGACAUUGUUUUCUGUGUAGGCGCCAUUGGAUGUGGUAAAACAACUGCCAUGAGGUACAUACAAGAUAAAUAUGAGGACAGAGGAUGGAGGACGGUUUGGUUUGAGGAAUAUAUUAAUGAAAAUGAAUUGAUUGAAAAUGAAAUCAACAACGUUUUUCUUUGUUGUGACAAUUUGUUUGGAACAUUUAACUGCAAUGUGUUUUCGCUAGAAACUAUCACAGGAUUUGAACAUGUUAUUAAAAAACAGAGAGAAAGAUGUAAAGGUCAUUUAAAAGUUUUAUUUGGCAUACAUCAACAUGUAUAUGAUGCAGUUUUAAAAUUAGGUAAGGUACAUAUAAUGGACACGAAACAUUUGAUCGAUAUUGAUCAUCUUGAUAAAGCAGAAAUGUUAAUGAUUUGGAAAGAGUUGAAAAAAGAAGGCCACUGUGUUCGUGAUCCAAGUUGUACGUACAAAGACAUCGGAUUCUCUUCUGUAUUAUCAAAUCUGUCCCUCAGUCAAGGACUUGUGGGUAACCCAUUCUUAAUGUUGAUGUAUUGUCAGCAUCAUGACUUCUUCCCUAGCGAGGAAUUCACCAAAUCGCCGAUGACUACGUUAGUAAAUCAUUUUGAAAGAAUGAAAGAGGAGAAAAAGGAACUUUUCUUUGUUCUUGUUUACAUAAUGUUUGUAAGAGUUUACAAUGUAGACCAAGAUAUUAUGCCCUGGGCAGGAUCAAUUUCAGCAGAGUUAACGGAGGAUAGUGUAAAACGAUGUGUGAAAAAGUAUCCUGAAUACCUUAUUGAAGAGAAUAAUACUGUAGAACUCAAACAUGAGAUACUAACCAUUUCACUUUUUAAAGCUUCAUAUGCAACUGAAACAGAGUUUAGUGCACUUGUUUACCAUUGUGAUAUAUCGACAAUUCUCCAAUUAACAAGACCCAAGGAAGAAUGUGACUGUGUAUUUGUAAAUUGUUUACCACCGUCUCACACAGGCAGCAAAUUCGAAGCAAAAUUGCUAGAAAGGAUUGCAAAAGCUAAGGGUUGUCCUUUCAGUAGACCAAAUUUUUUUACUAGAAAAUUUAAAAAGAGUAAAAGUAAAUCAUAA